AUGUCAGACACUUCCAACUUUGACUGGUACAUCAGUCCUGCAGACCGCUUUUCUUAUGAAACUCAGUUUUCCAAGUGCUCUAAUGGAGACGAUGACUGCGAGAUUACAUUACCUCAGCUUGACCCCAUAUUUCAUCAAUCUCGGUUACAGACUGAGGAUUUUUUGCAGAUAUGGCAACUGGUGGAUAUCAAAUACCAGCAGAGCAUCAACAAGAGCCAGUUUAUUUAUUUUAUGCAUAUAUUGACAUCCAGAAGACGGGGUCGUCCCUUACCUGUUGGACUGCCACUCAAUAUCAAGGAAGAGUUUUUAAAAGAGAACCAAAUUGCUUCAUCGCUGUAUAUCCGUCCAUCAGUUAAUGUAAGAGAUGUAGGUGCGAGUGCAAAUAAAGAUAUCAACGAACUUCAGAUGGAGUUGGUACAGCUUGAACUUGACGCUUCUGCGGCCCACAAAGAAAGUCAGAUGGCAUCUCAACGCCUUAAAGAGCUCUGCGUUGCAAAGGAAGAGAUUGAAGGCAUGGCCGCGUACGUUAAAAGUCACGAGCAAGCAUUGGAGGUUGAAGUGGACGCUCUGCGUAAAAGUGUAGACAGCCAAAGCGGAGUGGCAAGUGCAAUGGACUCGACUCGGGUCCGAGAUUUAAUCUCAAAGAUUGCAAUGGACAAGCAAGUUUUGGAAUUACUACUUGCCCAACUCAAAGAUGAUCAGGAUGCAGCCAAUCUCUCACUAGCAAUCUGAUGCUCUGCAUUCAACUCACAAGUUUUAAUAAGAAAAUUCAUGUCUAAAAUUAAAAAUAGUCUAA